AUGAGUGGUGCAUUAUUGACUGAAGUACUUAAAAUACAGGAUAUUGAUUCAGUUUUUAUAUUUUUACAAACAAGUGAUAUUUUUGAAAUAUUCCAACAUGAUUCUACAAUAUUACGAGAUUUGAAAUCAAAAAUAGGUUUCGAUUCAAGUGAUUGUGCAUUUCAAGUCAAACUUGGUUUAAAAUUGCAAUACGAAUAUUUAUCAAAAUUAUUGAAAUCAAAAUCAGAUCAGAAAUAUACAAAAUCAUCGUCUCUUACAUCUGAAAAGAUUGAUAUACUACUUCAAAAACAUCCAAUUCUUCUUUCACUUCCCAAUUUCUAUGAGAAUGAAAGUAUAACAAAUGAUCAACAUGAACUUUUAUCCCUAUUUAUAAAUACUAUAACGAAAAAUUUAUCUUUAUCUAAUACGAGUCGAUGUAGAUAUGAUGACAAGUUGAAAAGUUUUGCUGUUUGCUUGUAUAUACUUGGAGGAAAGACAACUUAUGAGUUUUUCCGGUUAAAUUUGUCAGGAUCAUUGCCAAAUCUUACAACAAUUCAUAGUUUAAUACAGAAUAAUGAUGAUAAUUUAACAGAAGAUAAAUUUCGAUUCAAUAAAAUGGCAAAGUAUCUCAAUAGUUUCGGUGUUCAAUAUGCAUAUUGUGCAGAAGAUUGUAAGUUUUUCAUGAAUAAUAUCGAUUAG